AUGUACUGGCUGGUUGUCUCCUUGUGCAAGCUCGCAGCAAUUGCUAUUGGCGGGGGUGGCAAGACUGUUUCUGCAGGAGAUAUCACUGAUAAGGAGGAGGAACUACGGUGCAAAGUGAUCAUCUACAAUGGUAUUACUUAUCGACGGGGGAAUAUGAGUGAUGAGAAGCUGAGGAAAUGCGCACUGGAAAUACAGCGGUACAAUAUGCAUCAGCAGGCUCUUUAUUCCGAGUUGGGCGACGGUGCAGUGCGCAACACUUAUGUUUUUGAUCAACCCUUCGGCAAGUUGCCGAAUGAUACGACAUGCUACAGUCAAGAAGACGAAUCCACACUCAAAAUUUACAAUGUAACACUGUAUUGUGAAACGCAAGUCAUGGUCAAUCAUUCGAUUUCGAAAAGUCGUUCCAUUCUUGCUCUGCUUUUACCUCAACAUUUUUGUGAUGCAACACUUCCGGCACACAAAUUCGACAAUUUGGGCCCCCAGUAG